AUGACACUACCUUUUGUUGAGGUGUCGCACCUGGCAUCGUCAUCGUCCUUCUACUCGGCCAUCCUCGCAACCCUUGGUCUUCGCUUCCUGGCUGCCGACCGCGAACAGACUUCGUCGAUUGGAACCAUCACCUAUGGAAUCCCGGGCGGAAGUGCCAAGUCAAGCAAACAACGCAAAGCCCUAACCGACGGACGUGGUGACGAACAACAGGGCGGCCAGCCAGUGCUGCAGAUCCGCGAGGUUACCCAUCCUUUUGAGCCUGUCAAGCUCUCGAUAUUGGUCCUCGCCGCCCCGUCCCCGGCUGCAGUAGUCGAAUUCCACGACGCUGCUCUCACCGCAGAACCGUGGCUGUACAUCGAAAAUAACGAUGACCGAGCCUAUCCCGGCGGUCACAGCCUGAAGCCUCGCUUGGGCCUCGACGGCGGUGAGACCCCAACGCGAGCAACUGUUCGCGACCUUGACGGCAACACCAUCCAGGUCGUCUACAUGCAACCCAUGUCCCAUCGCGACCACUUUGGCCGUGUUCUCGAAUGGACCUACAACGGAUCCACACAUUACUCUCAUUCGCAAAGCACCUAUACUCAUACGAAAAGUACCUAUACUCGAACUCGCUCCAAGUCCCAUUCCCAUGCCAUCACGGAGGCCCGUUCUUCCUCGUCUUCUAUCUCUAACAAUCAAUCCCCCUUUCAGCCUCGCCAGUCACCCUCCAAACACGGCCCCAACACUGUUACCGCUGCCGAGAUGACUCAACGAGCUGCUGACCGUGACGAGACGGACCCUGUGUCGGUUUCCCCUCGUCAAAGCUCCAACAACAACGGCCUUAGCACCACUACUGUUGUCGGUGCCCUCCUGGGCGUUGCUGCGGGUGCAGCCCUUACUUACGGCUUUGUGAGCAACGCGGCUAAGGAACGAGAACGCAAACCCCGACAGGAUUUUGAGCCCCCCAAUCUGCCACGCCGUUCUACCUUUCCCGAAAAGGCACAAUCGGUUCACAACAUGCAUCCAGGAGAGCGCCGACCGGUAUACGGCGAUUAUCCUCCAAGGACGUCUCUUCGUGGCGGCGAGUACCCUCAAAAGGCCCUCCCAUCCCGGGCAGCCAGCGCCUACGAGGGUAUGCCAUACCCAGACGGAUACCCUUUCCGGCAACCCAUGUAUAAAGAGGACUAUGCACCUCGAAAGAUGUCUCAUCCGGAUGAUUAUCCACCAAGGAGGCUUGGUUACAUCGAAGACGAGAGCAGCGAGGAGUCUGAAGAAGAGCGGCCUCCCGUGCAGUAUCUGACAGAAUAUCCUCAUGAAGAAAACCCCUGGACCGAGCCUUCUCGCGCCAGGAGCAGGAGCAGAGCCCGAAGUGUCGCUAAAAGUACCGCCAAGAGCACCGCCAGGAGUAUCGCCGCAAAAAGCACUGCGGCGAAGAGCACUACCGCAAAGAGCACUGCCAGGAGUGUUGCUCACUCUCGGGCCCGGUCCCCAAGCCGGGCUCCAGAUGAGGAGGAAUACGAGACGCGCAGCCGACACCCAUCGAGGCGUCCCUCAGUUGAAGAGGUUGACGAGGUUUAUGAGAGUCGCACUCGCCGUUCAUCCAGAGCUCCCCAUGACGAUGGAUUUGAUAGACGGAGCCGACGUGCGUCACGACCUCCCCCCGAUGAUGGUUUUGACACUCGAAGCCGACGUGCGUCACGACCUCCCCCCGACGAUGGAUUUGAGCCACGAACUCGUCGGUCCUCGAGACCCCCUGUGACAGAAAAGGCGCGGAGUGUUCGCAGCCGCAGCGAAGCGCCUACCAGCCGCAAGUCGGUCGUGCUGGCUGAUGAUCACCGCAGUCAUGCGGGAUCUCGUCACAGCGGUGCGCCCAAGUCGUCGCACUCACGCUCCCGUCGAGCGACCUACGACGACGAGCGCAGCUAUGUCUCUGCCCGGUCACGCCCAUCCUCACGAGCGCCUCGACGAAGCCAUCGACCCGAGGUCGAGACGGAGAUUCCCGAGGCACCCGAAGUUUACGAAGUUCCUGAAGUUCCUGAAGUUCCUGAGGUCCCUGAAGUCCCCGAGAUACCUGAUAUUCCUGAUAUCGCAGAUAUCAUGCCGAGGAGUCGGGCUGCCAGCAAAUACGGUGUGCCUCGGAUGGCCACGGGGCGCGAUUACCCUAAUACGGGCUAUUCAAGCAAGGCCCAGAGCUAUAUGGCCGCCAAGGACAUUGCUCUCCCCAUGAGCGGCGCGGGCAGCAGCCAUGCAGCAUGGGAAGAUGACGUUGUCAGCGUUGCUCCGAGUGACAGCAUCAGCUGUAUCGGAACCAAGAUGAGCCGACGCCGCAAAGUACGAUAAAUGGAAGAUUGACGAUGACGAGCAUUAGACAUGAGAAAUGGUUAGACGACAGACAUUAUGAGUUUGAAAGAUGGAUAGAGUGUGAACCAUGACUGACAUGUGACGAGGUUGGUUCAACAGCACGAGAUGGGUCGAGACUGAUAGCAUUUUGGUUAUGAUGCCGGCAUGAGAAUUGUAAUGGCUUUCACAACGAAGGAGGCUUGGAUUCCAUCUCUUACGCAAUUUUUUUCUUGAGUUCUCUGGGAGGCGUUUGGGAACUCCAUCAUCAUCUACGGCGUCAUGGCAUUCAUUGCGGUAUUCUAUUUGUUGGUUAGAUGCAGGGAGGAUAUGUGGUUGGCUAUUCUGUCGUUUCUAGACCAGGAUGAUUUGAACGAGGAGCUGCAGCUUUGAGAAGAUUGGAUACAACAAAGACGCACGCACACGCUCAAGGGAGAUCUAUCAGAUCAGCAGAUACAUAUCAGAAACACCACGCUCAGCAGCAGCAUCAGCAGCAUGAUGAUAUACAGAAGAGACACGCACAGAGUGCCAGUCCGGCGGCCUAUUGCCGUGUC